GCGCGGGCGAGGGAGCUUCAAGAAUGGCGGCGUCCGCGGCGCUGAUCCUACCCCAGAGCCCCAGCAUGAAGAAAGCAGUGCCGCUGAUAAAUGCAAUAGACACAGGAAGAUUCCCACGACUUCUCAGCCGGAUUCUUCAAAAGCUCCACCUGAAGGCCGAGAGCAGUUUCAGUGAAGAAGAGGAAGAAAAACUUCAGGCUGCGUUCUCUCUAGAGAAACAAGAACUUCACCUGGUUCUGGAGACAAUAUCAUUUGUUUUGGAACAGGCAGUGUAUCACAACGUGAAGCCAGCGGUCCUGCAGCAGCAACUGGAGACCAUUCAUCUUACACAGGACAAAGCAGAAGCAUUUGCCAAUGCCUGGUCGACUAUGGGUCACGAAACAGUUGAGAAGUUCAGGCAGAGGAUCCUGGGCCCUCUCAAGCUAGAGACAGUGGGAUGGCAGCUUAACCUGCAAAUGGCUCACUCAGCUCAAGCAAAGCUGCAGUCUCCUCAGGCCGUGCUGCAACUGGGAGUGAGCAAGGAAGACUCCAAGAACCUGGAGAAGGUUCUAGUGGAAUUCAAUCACAAGGAGUUGUUCGAUUUCUACAACAAGCUGGAGACCAUACAAGCACAGCUGGAUUCCCUCACAUGAUGUUCUUGGAGACUGACUCGCCAUCACAUGCUGGCCACCUCACUCUUUCACAUUGAAGAAAGACUGCCCAAGCAUAUUUUCUAGAGGAUUCGGUGACUUUAUUCCUAUGUAUAAUAUGGCUUACUGCGUCUUAGACAAACACCAGUGACGGGAGAUCAUAAUAAGAACACUGGGUUUCUAAAGUACCUUCUCUUCUCACAUGAGCUGUACCAAGGACAAGCGUUGAGAAAACUGUUAGAAAGAAGUAAGAAGUGAAUGCCACACUGGUUUUUCUGUCAGAUUGCUGCCUUGUUGCUUCCCCUCAGUCCUGCUUUCAGGGAUCACUGCAGAUCUGGAGGCAGAAGGUACGAUGAUGUUUGCCCCAGUAGAAUAUGGAACCUUACCCAUUACAGUAAUGAAUUAGGGAAGCAGCCACAAGCCAUCAAAUGUUUUGGCAUUCAUCCUACCACUUGAUUUUGCUUGAUGUGCCAUGCAGGAAAGAAAUCUAAAAUGCUUCAAUACUGCUAGGAGUUAAUUCCACUGUGUUCCUCUUGUCCCACCCCCUGAAUGUUUCUGACUUUAAUGACUUAAAAAUCAUCUAGGUUUAUAUAUACCGCUGCAAAUUAAUAAUGCUGCACUUCUCAGUGCUUCAGAUCGUGAAUGAACACUUUACCUGUAAUGAGUAUGACAUGGGAAUCUCACAUUGUAAAUCAGAAAAGGUUUGCAUUCUUUUAUGAAUAUGUUCAUUGGUUUCAAUCAAUAAAAAUUUCCUACUUUAGAAUUA